UGGCCCCACAGAAUCGCAUGGGUACGGUCUGGAUGAAUCCAACCACUUAUGGCAAUGGUGUAGAGCUCCAUAUAAUCUCUCUCCUCGCAGUUAAAGUACAAGCUCACAUUUAGCUCCCCAAAAGACUAUUUUUCUUCUCUCUUCUACUCCAUUUUUUCUAUCUCCGGCCUGUCGCUGCCAGGAAACAUCUCCGGCGAGUGUUCCGGCCAACUUCCUGUGCAGAUAGAAUCGGCUAGGCUUUGAGCGGGGCUUUGCGGAUUUUAUGGGCAAAGCCGCGUAGUAAAAGGUAAAGUGGUUUGGACACUAGAAGCUAGUUCGAGUUUUGUGUGAGUGGGCUGGCUCAGUGAGUCCUGCUCUGGCUGGGAUCACAAAAUGUCUUUUCAGCACAAAAGCAUUUGGACUCCCAGAGAUGCUGGGUGUCUAACUGAUGGAGAGAUGGGCUGCGAUAAUUCCUCCAGAAUUGAACCGAAGCGGGGUCAUCAGUGGUUUAUGGAUGCUGGUGGACCAGAUCUAUUCAAUAACAAGAAGCAGGCUUUAGAAGCUCUGAAUGGAAGACAAGUUUCAGGAGUUGCACAAAUGAAUGUUUUUCCAUGGGAUAACACUUCUGGAUUCCAGUCUGUUCCGGGGCAAUUCACUGACCGCCUAUUUGGAUCUGACCCUUUACGGACUGUCAAUCUUGUUGAUAGAAAUAUUCCUUCCGUUGAAAGUGGAAGUAUGGAUAUGGGAAUAAAAGUUUUUGAGAAUCAGUAUGGAAAAGAUCCUUCGGUGAGUUUGUCUAGGUCUCAUGCCAUUGAAGAUCCAGCAUCAUGUCUAAACUUCGGUGGAAUAAGGAAAGUCAGAGUCAAUGAAGUUAACUCUAACAAUGGCAUGUCUGAAUCUUUGGGACACUCUUACAGCAGGGCUGAUAACACUGGCAUUUCUAUGAGUGCAUCCUAUAAUAAGAAUGACAAAAAUGUCAUAUCAUUGGGGGCUGCAUACAGUAAUGGCUUUGAGAACACUAACUCAAUUGGCCCCAGCUUCAGUAAGGUAGAUAACAAUUUCAUGUCAAUUGGGCACACCUUCAAUAAAGGGGAUGGCCACUUCAUAACAAUCGGUCACAAGUAUGGCAAGACAGAUAAUAGCAUGUUAUCCAUGGGUCAGCCAUUUGAUAAGGGUGAUGGAAAUUUUAUAUCCAUGGGCCAGUCGUAUGAAAAGGGAGAUGCAAGUGUCAUGUCAUUGGGUGUCUCCUAUGCCAAGGGGCAUGAAAAUUUCAUUACAGUGGGCACAACGUAUAGUAAAACCAACGAGAAUUUUAUGUCAAUGGCUCCUUCCUACAAUAAGGGGAAUAAUCACAUAAUUUCAAUGGGUCCUACCUAUGACAAAGCAGAUUCCAACAUUGUAUCAAUGGGUACUUCCUUUGUCAAUGGGCAUUCCAAUGCUUUAUCAAUGGGUCACAACUUCAAUAAGGGUGAGAGCAGUACCAUAUCUUUUGGUGGUCUUUGUGAUGAACCUGAGACAAAUCCCCCGGGCGGGAUGAUUAGUAGCUAUGAUUUAUUUAUGGGUACUCAGAACUCAGCUCAAGCUUCAGAAAUAGCAGGUCAGAAGGAUCUGGUUGAGUCCAAUGGUGAACCAGUUGUAAAUGAUGCUCCAGAGCCUACUUCUAAACCUGAUGCCAACCCAAGGUAUAAGGAGCCAACAGCAACUAAGAAGGCUCCUCCAAACAACUUCCCUUCAAAUGUCAAAAGUUUGUUAUCAACUGGUAUGUUCGAUGGGGUCCCUGUGAAGUAUGUUUCCUGGUCGCGAGAGAAAAAUCUUAAAGGACUCAUAAAGGGAACUGGGUAUUUGUGUUCCUGCGACAACUGUAAUCUCUCCAAGUCUCUUAAUGCUUAUGAGUUUGAGCGCCACGCUGGUUGCAAGACCAAACACCCAAAUAAUCAUAUUUACUUUGAGAAUGGAAAGACCAUCUAUGCUGUUGUUCAAGAGCUGAAGAGCACUUCUCAGGAGAUUCUGUUUGAUGCUAUUCAAAAUGUGACGGGUUCUCCAAUUAAUCAGAAGAAUUUCCGGAUCUGGAAAGCAUCAUAUCAAGCUGCCACCCUUGAACUUCAGCGUAUCUAUGGAAAGGAUGAGGUUAUCAUGCCAUGCUGAGAUGAAAAUCCUUGCUUUCUGACGAUUUUGAGGUUGGUGAAUAUGUGAUCUAUGCAUAGCAGCAUAUAACCUAUAGAACAUAUAGGCUCCAUUUGGGAUUUAAUAGUUUGGGCUGAUGGGUGUUUAUAAAUAUAAUGGAUUUUCUACUUUAUCUA